GUCCGCGCCAAAGCUCAGUCAGACAGAGCACGACUGAAUCUCACGGCGGAGCGCGUACAGUUUACAGAGCUAAACCCAGUGACAUUGUGUUCAUGUAGCUCGCUCACACCGGUUCGCCCGUCCUUGGUGUUCUUCAAGAGGACGAGUAUCACUGGAUUUUAACGCUGAGGAUUGUAUUCGUUUUGUUUGUUUACCCUUUUCUCUCGGCGCUGGAUCAGCACGCACGGCGGCGGUGAUACUCUGUCAGCGAGGCAGUGCGGUAGGCGCACUGCACCGGGAUCUAAACUCAGCCUCGCCUCGGUGCCUUUGGCUAGCACCACCGCUAGUUUACUGACGGUUUUUUGCGUUUUGGACUCACCUUUACUCUGAACAAAAUAAACACACACAAAAAACUGCGGGAUUUCUUUUUGAUAUAUAUAUUUUUUUACAUGUAUUGAACUAUGUUACUGUCAAAGUUCGGCUCUUUUUCUCACAUCUGCAACCCAAACAGCAUGGAUCAUCUGCCGGUGAAAAUUCAGCUCCAGCCCGUGAAAGUGGAGCCAGAGCCCUUUGAGAAGGUCUAUCAGGUGGGCUCGGUGCUUGGAAGCGGUGGUUUUGGGACGGUGUACGCCGGCAGCCGCCUGUCUGAUGGUUUACCGGUCGCCGUGAAGCAUGUGGCGAAGGAGAGAGUCACGGAAUGGGGUUCUGUUAGUGGCGUGAUGGUGCCUUUGGAAAUCGUGCUGCUGAGGAAAGUGGGCUCCUCGUUUCGAGGUGUGAUAAAGCUGCUGGACUGGUACGAGAGGCCGGACGGGUGGUUAAUCGUCAUGGAGAGGCCGGAGCUGGUCAAGGACCUCUUCGACUUCAUCACCGAGAAGGGCGCUCUGGACGAGGCCACGGCGCGAGGCUUUUUCCGCCAAGUGCUGGAGGCCGUGCGCCACUGCUACAGCUGCGGUGUGGUUCAUCGGGACAUCAAGGACGAGAACCUGCUGGUGGAUCUGCGCACCGGAGACCUUAAGCUUAUCGACUUCGGCUCGGGGGCCUUCCUCAAGGACACGGUGUACACUGACUUUGACGGUACGAGAGUGUACAGUCCACCAGAGUGGAUCCGUUUCCACAGAUACCACGGACGCUCGGCAACCAUCUGGUCGCUAGGGGUGCUGCUGUACGACAUGGUCUGUGGAGACAUCCCCUUCGAGCAGGAUGAGGAGAUCCUCAGAGGGCGCCUUUACUUUAGAAGGCGGAUCUCAACAGAGUGUCAGCAGUUGAUCAAGUGGUGCCUAUCACUGAGACCGUCAGACAGGCCAACGCUGGAGCAGAUAUUUGAGCACCCAUGGAUGCGUCCCGCAGAAGUGUCCAAAGCAGAAGAAGGUGACAUUCGGCUCCGGACCAUCAGCACGGACACUUCCAGCAUGAGCUCCAGCAAGGAGAGUCUUUGAAAGAAGGCCUUCACUUUAGGGAGUGGCUGGGACUCAAACGGACUUCUAAUCUGCUGCCUUGCCAAUGCUGGGCUUGCAGAUUCUUUUUUUUUUCCUCUUGUAGGGAACCAUAAUUUAUUACAGUUUGCUCUUCCUUUAUAUCUUUUUAUUUGUUCCUUUUUUAUGAUUUAUAAAUCGUUUCCUGAUUGGGGGAACAUUUUGCCAUUUGGGCGGACUUACCAGCACUAUUUAUUUUUAUUAUUAUUAUUAUUAUUAUUAUUUUAUUGUUGUUACAAGGCUGGUUUAUGCAUCUGGCAAGCCUCCUAUACAGAUGUGGCUGCUCUCAUAGAGCUUGGAGAACUUUUUAUUUAAAUGUUUUAAUUUUAUUUUUGAUUUGGAGUGCCUUUUUGAAAGCUGCUGUUUGGGGGGCUUUCAUCAUUUGCUUUUUUUUUUUCUUCUUUGUUUUCCCACAAGCUGGUUUGGAAGUUGGUGCUGCAGCUGGCGAUGGUCACUGCGUGCCAAUGACCAGCCAGCUUGGUGGGGGGGUCUUACAAUGGGGAGGGGGUGACCAAUAGAAAUACUUGAAACGCACUCACUCACUGCGUCUCCUUCUAACGCUGCUCAGUCACAUUUUAGCCUACACAGGUUGUCUGGAAAAAAAACUGUUCCUUUUUUCUUUUUUCUGAAUGUGUAUAGAGAUUCAAUAUAACCGCUGUACCUUCUGAGGGUAUAUAAAACCCCUUCCCCUUUACCCCUCACUCUUCUGCUCCUCAUCCCACUGCUGAUACUACGUUGGCCUGGCUCCUGGGUUUUGGGGGGCCUGGGUGUGAAAAUGCACAAUCAAUGCAAUAUUCAUCUUUUUUUUUUUUCUUUUUUUUCCUUUUUUUUUAAUAAAGUAAUCUUGUACAGUGUGUGUGUGUGUGUGUGGGGUUUUUUUUUUGUGUACAGUUUUUCUUCUUUGCAUUUAAUUUAUUUGUAACAUGUAGACAUUCCACACUCUGUGGCUAUUUAUUUUUAUUUAUUGUCCAUGCUUAAAUCCCAAAUUUUGCAUACCUUUAUAUGGCCUUUUGUUUGCAUUCCUGUUGUUUUUUUUUUUUUUUUUUUUUUUUUUUUUUUUUUUUUUACAUUUGGACAAGAGAUGAUGGAUGCACUGAAGCUGUUGUCAAUGUAAAAAGGAAUAAAACAAGGUUUACUUAAAUUGGAAGAGCUAUGAAUGUUAUUUAACUUCUCUUGUUGGUCAUUGUUUGCCUUGAAAUGACUCUAAUCAAAAUGACAUAUUUGUUGUUUCAGGUCUGUGUAAUCUCCAUUUGCUAGAUGGAAGCGUUUUAGAGAAUUGGGCUGUUGUCACUGGCUCCGUAGUCCAGUGUUAGAUGUUCUUUCUCUCACUCUUUCUCUCUCUCUCUAAUAGUUAAAGCUGUAUGAAACAGAAUGGAGAUCCUAUUUUUAUACAAAAACAUUUCAAUUAAACUUUUAUUUGUACAGAA